UGACGCGUGGGAUUAUCUGUCAACGUGGGUUGUAUGUAGGCCGUUAUUAACAGACCCAGCUGAUAAGGCUGACUUCAGUCCAAGUAUGAACUUUCACCAACUUGCAGUCAUCGGCCUCCUUGUUGGUCACGUGAUAUGUACUAACAGUCGGGAUGGAGGUAUCGCCGUAGAACCUCAUUUCCCCACCACUACAGCAACGACAGCACCGACGACGACAACAACACCGCCUCCUCCCGUCUGUGAGGACAAACUAUCAACAUGCAGCAUCUAUAAGUCUGUCUGCGAGUCGGACACACAACAGAGGUGGGCGCUGCUGUACUGCGCCAAGACCUGCCGCCUGUGUAACGAGACGACAGUGGCGGUAACACGACCAACAAGGGCAUUUACUGGGGCUACAGUACGUCACACGCUGCCGGCGACCUGUGUCGACAAGUGGAGCAACUGUGACUUCUACCCUCACUCGUGUGCGCCAGUGUACAAAGACUGGGCGUCCGCCAACUGUGCCCGCUUCUGCAACUUGUGUUGAGCGUCUUGGAAUCUGUACCGAGAAGAGGAGGGACGCAUGGAGUCUGCACUGCGAGAUUUUGUUGCUGUAUUACACAUAUUAAAUGACAGUGUCAGAUGACAUCAA